AAAUACGUUUCGAGCAACACAAAAUAUAUCGGCAAAAAUAAAAAAUAAAAUUGCAGUUUUUUGCGUUAAUAAAUUUUGCCAAGUUUAAGAUUUAACAAAUUUCUAAUACUAAAAAUUUAGAAAUUUUAAUAAAAUUUGUGUGCUUUUUAAAAGAAAUUUAACAAACUAAAUUGCAAGUGCCACAAAAGAAAAUAAAAAAAUUUUCCAACAAAUCAAAUCUAUAACAUAAUAUUGUGCUCACAACAACAACCAUAAUAAAAAAGACAGACAGAUAAUUUCAAUAGUGUUUUUUUGUUGUCUAUUAUUCUAAACAUUAUACUAAAUGUCACAUUCAUUGGCCUCCACUUCUUCUACAAAUUCUUCAUCAUCGGCCACACCCAGCAGCUCAGCGGUACGAGCUUUGGCCUUAGAAUAUAAAUCUCUACAAGAGGAACCAGUCGAGGGAUUUCGCGUUAAAUUGGUGAAUGACGAUAAUCUAUUCGAAUGGGAGGUAGCCAUAUUUGGUCCACCCGAUACUCUUUAUCAGGGUGGCUAUUUUAAGGCUCAUAUGAAAUUUCCUCAUGAUUAUCCCUAUUCACCACCUUCCAUUCGUUUUCUAACCAAAGUUUGGCAUCCGAAUGUUUAUGAAAAUGGUGAUUUGUGUAUAUCUAUACUACAUCCGCCGGUCGAUGAUCCACAGAGCGGUGAGCUGCCAUGUGAACGUUGGAAUCCUACACAGAAUGUACGAACCAUAUUGUUGUCGGUAAUUUCGUUGCUCAAUGAACCGAAUACAUAUUCGCCGGCUAAUGUUGAUGCCUCCGUUAUGUAUCGACGAUGGAGAGAUUCUCAGGGUAAAGAUAAUGAAUAUCCCAAUAUAAUACGUAAACAAGCAUUAGCUGCCAAUGCUGAGGCCAAAAAAGAAGGCAUUGUUGUACCCAUGACCCUCGAAGAUUAUUGCAUUAAACCAAAACGAAAAGAAACAAAUGAACCAACACUGGACUCAAAUUUCUUUGAUGAUGUCUUCGAUUUAGAAACUGAAGAUGAUUUACCAACCGAUGACGAUGAUGAAGAUGACGAUGAGGAGGAGGAUGAAGAUGAUGACGAUGAUAAUGCAGAUGAUAGUGGUAAAGGUGAAACAACAUAAAAAAGGAACUAAAAGAAAAGGUUGGCAUGAGUAAAUUUAGUUUUAAAGCUGCAGGGGGAUUUCUUAUUAUUUUUUUUUAAUUUUUUAUUUGUUUUUGGCAAAGACAGUGUCUUUUAGCAAUAUCAGGAAUAUAUAUUUUUUUUUAUUUUUCUUAUAUAUUUUUUUAAUUUAAUGUUUUUUUUUUUUUUUGUUUUUAAGAUUUAAGUUUAUUUUGCAAUGAAAUCAGUGAAAAAAAAGCAACAAAA